AUGCUGUUCUUCAGUUUCUUCAAGACCCUCGUUAACACCGAGGUCACGGUGGAGCUCAAGAAUGACAUCUCAAUCCGCGGUACCCUGAAGAGCGUCGACCAGUACCUCAACAUCAAGCUUGACGACAUUACCGUUCUGGACGACCUCAAGUAUCCCCACAUGAGCUCGGUCAAGAACGUUUUCAUCAGAGGAAGCGUUGUGAGAUACGUCCAUCUCCCUGCUGCAUCUGUCGACACUCCUCUGCUGGAGGAUGCCACCAGAAGAGCCGCUCAGGCAUCGGCAAAGGCCAGACAAGGAUAG